CAGCUUGUGCAAGUGGAAUGACCCUUGACUAUUGCAGCCGCCGGUGCAUGCAAAUGUGUCUUCAGCCAUUUCUCACUAUCCAUUCUUGGGUAGUGCCGUAUCCUCUGGAGGUCCUCAACAUAAAGCGUGGAUAGCUUUAAUGCUCAUCACUACAGCACGCUUUGACUACGUCGCGCUAUACAUGUACAUGUAUCAGUCCAGCACUGAGCACUCGUCACACAUGUCUAGUCGCAUGCAAGCCCCUCAAUUCAACAGUAACAGCAGGUCAUAUGAAGCUUUCGCCUAAACUCAGGCCAAAGUCUCCGCUAUGCCGAGGGAAAGCGAUCCAGUAACGGCACUCCCACUGCUAUAUGAUACGGCUACUACUAGCUUUAUUCCCGAGUAUACAGCACACUAUCCCGACCUAUUCUCGCGAUCGUGAUGGGAAUGUCCAGAAGAGCGGUGGACGUGACACCUUAUCAUCUCAUAGGCCUACGCUUGCUCGCGAUUCAAUGCUAAACAUGCUAGGUCAAGCCUCCGUUCCCUGCGGUCUAGCAGUUGAUGGACAUAUAAAGGUCUAUGUGUAAUGCUCAUCGCCAUGCUUAUAUCCAUCAAGCAACGAACGUCCAAGCAUUGCAGCUCACAUAACAAGAAACAUCUUAUCAUUGAUCAAACAAUACAACCAUGGCAUCUACACGACGAGACUCGACAUUUCUGAGCCUUGUUCCCACGAGCAACUCCAACUGGGUCGCUCCUGUCGCGUCACCAUCGACGCCCAGCAACGAUGAUACAAGAGCUCCUUCGCCAACAGAAGCCAUUGAAAAGAUCGAAAAGACGCGACGCUCGAGCAGCGGAUCUAGCCAGUCCGGCCAGAUGAGGGAAUUCUUGAGAUUAGGUCAUGUCGACGUGUGAAGGACUAUGGCACACUACUACUGUACAACGACUGUUCUCUGCAUGGGUCUGCGUCUGGCUCGGAGUAAUGGAUGAUGCUAUUCGAUAGUUUGGCAGGGUCAAGCUUAAGACGUGGAGGGGGGUCUCGAUGUUCAAUAGCACGACAGACAACUUUACCGGCAGUUCGAUCAUAUCUCGUCGGCCUGGUCAAGGUUGGUUUCGACCGUUCAACACAUAACAAGAACGCGAACAUCAUCAAGUUGUAACACAAUGGUACCAUAGACAGCAAUCGAGCGGAAUGGUAACGUGGAUGAGGAGUCUUCAUGUAGCCCGAAACACUUUUGGAAAACUACAUACUUCACUGCUGCUGUAGCUAGUACCUAACCACCAAGGUCCGUUCCUUAUUAU